UGGCAUCUACAUAUGCAGAAUUUAUUGCAUAUUUAUUAACCUAACCUAAACAGGCAAUGUCAGUCUUCAAAGGUCUGCACUUAAGUUGAGACUGGUCAAAUUACUUUCACAGUCAUGGUCUCCUUGUUAGAGUGUCAAGUUUUUCAUGACAUUCUCGACACGAAUUAAAGCAGGACAAAAUCAUAUUUUGUUCAUAAUCAGCAAUACGUGUUUUUAGCUAUUCAGCUACAUACAUAGUAAUUCUAUCAAGUUUAUUUUGUGGGCAUAUGCCAAGAGUGAACUGGACUGGACAUGGGUGCCGAAUUUGUUUAUAUAUUUGACAGGAUCCCCUAUUCAAUCCUACUCUCAGGAUUAGAGUCGUAAAAUCGUUGUUUUACAUACUGAAAUAUUUUAUGGCUUAAGACAAGAGGGUGCUACAACUAAUCAUCAGAGUUUAGCAAGGACUGGGCAAGUUAUUAGUUAGUUUAGUAGAGUUAAAUGAUGGAGGGGUGUGAGUUACUUUAUUAGUCAAGAACUCCGUCCCAUGCUGGAUGGAUGGAGUGCAAUAAGAGAAGAAGAAGAAUUAAAAAAUGACGGGCAUAUUGUGGAUAAGACUGUAAAAAUGCAUGAGGCUGAUGAUACGAAGAUUGUGCCGUCUCCGGCUGCUGCUAAUAGUAGAUCCAGCAGCAGGCGUAAAACGGCUGAGGAGAUGAAGAAAGAGUCCCUUGUCCGAGACCUGAAUCCCAUUCAGAAUAUUAUUUGCCUAGAUUCGGAAGAAUCAGAGAAUCCGGACGGUGAGGAAGUCGUUGAGUCGUCGAAAUCGCAAGGAAACAAGAGACGGAAACACAAGGAGAAGAAGAAGGAUAAGUUGACGCCGACUUAUCCAACACCCGGUAACGAAAUGAAGUUCGACGCCUUGUUCCCCAUCAUUGGAGACUUUGGUCCGUACCAGAAACGUGUCUACCUCCUCCUCUGUCUGCCAGCGAUAUGUUGUGCGAUGCACAAAUUGGCGUGGGUAUUUCUGGGGGCAAAGAUAGAUCACAGGUGCCUAUUGCCUGUGGAGUUCGAGAAUAAUGCGACCUAUGACCACCUCCCACUCGGGAUUUGGCCCAACAUGACUUUUCCACCGGAUCCGAAAAAUUCCAAGGUUCCCUGGGAUUCAUGCUCUCGACUGGAAGUCAAUUUUUCAGACCCGUCCUACUUCCAGGAAGGCAUUCCGUCAAAUAAAGCCAUCUCGUGUGACGGGAAAUUCGUAUACGAUUUUUCAAAGUACCAAUCCAGUGCGAGGUUAGAUUACGACCUAAAAUGCAAGCGAACCUUUCUCUACACAAAUGCUCAAAACUUAUUCAUGGUGGGAAUUAUGUUGGGCUCCAUCGUCUUUGGCGACCUGUCCGACCGAUUUGGUCGACGACCAGUUUUCUUCUUCUCGCUCGUUCUCCAAGUCGUUUUUGGCAUUUUGGCCGGCCUCGCCCCAGAAUAUUGGACAUUCGUCAUUGCCAGGAUGAUUGUUGGGUCAAGUACGAGCGGCAUCUUUUUGGUCGGAUAUGUCAUCGCGAUGGAAAUGGUGGGUCCAAGUAGACGGACCUUUGUGGGGGUCGCGUGUCAACUCUUCUUCACAGCGGGAUAUAUCGUCACGGCGCUAUUCGCGUAUUUUAUACGAGACUGGAAAAUUCUGCAGAUUGCGUUAUCUCUACCUGGACUCGUGUUCUUGUCGUAUUAUUGGUUUUUACCGGAAUCGGUCCGUUGGCUGCUGGCUCGUGGGAGACGCGACGAGGCGAAAGCCAUCCUGAAAAAUGUGGCCCUUGAGAACAAAGUGGUUCUGACUGAGGAUGUGUACGAGAACUUGUCAGCGGAGGAGCCCAGUGAAAAAAAAUCGACCUCAAUCCUCGCAAUUUUCCGCUACCGUCGCCUCGGACUGAGAGCGAUCAACAUAUUUUUCAAUUGGUUCGUUAACAGCGGAGUUUACUACGGAUUGUCGUUGAACACGUCGAAUCUGGGGGGAAACGAUUAUCUCAAUUUUACGAUUGCUGGAUUGGUGGAGGUUCCAGCCUAUACGUUCUUGCUCAUAAGUUUGCAACGUUUUGGGAGGAAGAUUGUCCUCUGCGGGUGCAUGUUGGCCGGUGGAGCGUUCAUGAUGGCGUGCGCCAUAGUUCCAGACGAACCAGACUGGAACUGGGUAGUCAUAACGUUCGCCAUGAUUGGAAAAAUGUGCAUCACGGCAUCCUACGGGGUCAUUUAUAUCUUCACAGCGGAAAGUUUUCCCACCGUGGUGAGAAACGGGGGCGUCGGGGCGAGCUCGAUGUUCGCCAGGGUUGGUGGCAUUGUGGCGAAUAGUUUGCUCAUUCUGGGCGAAAUUUGGAAACCACUGCCACUACUUAUAUUUGGGUCAGCGUCCCUGCUCGCGGGUCUGUUGGCUCUCUGUAUUCCGGAAACAUUUGGCAAACAGCUCCCUGAAACGUUGGAGGAUGGAGAGAAUUUUGGCUUGAGAGACGCUAAGGAUGCCGACCUUGACGACUUGACUGGAGGGCGAGAGGAACAUAAUAAAGAUGAUAAAGUUCCGUCAACGUCAUAAUAAUAAUAAAUUUUGUCCUUGUAUUUAUUUCCUGUUAAUGAGUGCAAGCAUUUUAUAACUUUUACUGUUUUCUACCCAUGGGGAAUGACAAAUAUGUAUCCCGAUGAAUUAGCGUUAGAGUGAAAUAAAGUUAUCAAGUUAUUUAAA